CUUUCCUCACGUGGAAAGACAGACGGACAAUCCGGUUCAGUGUGCUGGAUCCACGCUCCUGAAGGACCCGGGCUGCAGCUCCACGCCGACUCUCACACCGAGAACACUUCCAGAAAAUGGCCUUCAGAAAAUUCCUGCCCUUGUUUGACCGUGUGCUGGUGGAGCGCUUCACAGCAGAGACGGUAACGAAGGGAGGCAUCAUGCUGCCGGAGAAGGCUCAAGGCAAAGUGCUGGAGGCCACUGUAGUGGCAGUAGGACCUGGCUCUGUCAACCAGGAUUUCUACAACUGGCCGGAUGAAUCAUUUGAGGAGAUGGACAGCACCCUGGCUGUCCAACAGUACAUUCAGCAGAACAUCAGAUCAGAUUGCUCCAAUAUCGACAAAAUCCUGGAGCCUCCAGAGGGUCAGGACGAGGGGGUGUGGAAGUAUGAACACCUCAGGCAGUUCUGUCUGGAGCUCAAUGGAUUAGCUGUAAAACUGCAGAGCGAGUGCCAUCCAGACACCUGCACCCAGAUGACCGCCACAGAGCAGUGGAUCUUUUUAUGUGCUGCCCACAAGACACCCAAAGAGUGCCCUGCCAUUGAUUACACCAGGCACACGCUGGACGGAGCUGCCUGUCUUCUCAAUAGCAACAAAUACUUCCCCAGCAGGGUGAGCAUCAAGGAGUCAUCGGUGGCCAAGCUGGGCUCCGUCUGUCGUCGCAUCUAUAGGAUAUUCUCUCAUGCCUACUUCCAUCACCGCCAGAUAUUUGACAAGUAUGAGAAUGAAACGUUCCUGUGUCACCGGUUCACGCGCUUCGUCAUGAAGUACAACCUGAUGUCCAAGGACAACCUGAUUGUGCCGAUCCUGGAGGAGGAAGUGCAGAACACCUCAUCAGCCGGGGAGAGCGAGGCCUAAGAUACAGCUGCUGCCAUAAGGGAGACACAUGUAAACACACCAUAUUUACACAUUACAGAGGAGACACACACACACACACACACACACACACACCUGCAUAUACACGACACACAUAUAUAUAUAAAUAUAUAUAUACACACUACAGUGUAUUAAGGCUCCUGUCUAGUAACACUGUCCAUGUCCCUCCUCCCUUGUCACCUGUGUCUAUCUCAAAGGAAGUAAGGGUAAAGAAUACUGGGAGCAGAGUUCAGCCAUGCCUGCAGGACAAGAUGAUAUUUUCUAUUUACACUCUCUCUGUGCGUCCAGACUCACACCGUGCGUCUGGACUCAGCCCUGCUCUCACACUACUACUCCUUUAGGGAAAACCUUUCUCUUUAAUCUUCUUUAAGCAGCUGGAUUUGCAAAAGACCUACGUAAUCAUGGUGACCUGUAUUGUUGACAAAGGCACACACUGACAGCCCCCCCCCCCUUCUGUAUAUAACCCCAACCUCAAACCCCCCCACCCCACCCCUCUCUCUCUCUCUCUGUUAAUUCACUAUCAUGUUUUCUGAUGGUGCUUCACUUUUCUGUGUCUGCUUCUGUUCUCUGUUUGCUUGUGUUGCCUACCAGCCUGUUUUCUGGGGGUGUCCCAUGAAAUGGAUCACUAAAUUAGCCUGCUGACUUAAUAAUGCUAUUAAAACACAGUGUAGGUGUGUGGCUUGUGUGGUAGUGAACAAAGAAAAAAAACAAAAAAAAAAAACGUAACCUCUAGCUCUGUUCGUGUACUAGCAGUCAGAUAUUCUUUCUCUUCGGCCUCUGAAGUGACGGAGCGUUUAGAAGACGUUCCUCGGCUAACUCUGAUCCUGCUUUGUGACAUGCCCCCAUUUUAAUACUGUGUAAAAAUGUGACCGAUGUUCUUUCCUUGACAUUAUAGUAACUGAAACGAUGAAUUUAAGGGCAGAGACUGCGCUGCUGUAGGCCAGUUUUUUCCCGCUUUAAACAUUUGAUCGAGUAAAUGCAACGAGGAAGGAGUGAAUAUCGGCUACAUUUAAGUAUUGGAGCACAACGUCUCUUAUUUUACCCUCUCCCUCAUUAAGUUAUUUUGUGGGAGGAGUCUUGUCAAUCCAACCCACUUUUUUUUUUUAAAUGGACUAAAAAAAAUUUUGUUACUGUUGACAUUUUCAUGAUGUCUGUUAAUAAAAAAGACCUAUUAUUCA